AUGGAGAUCGAGGUGAAGCUCCGUCUCCCGAGCAAAUCCUCCCAUCAGCGCCUCCUCUCCGUCCUCUCCCCCUUCCACGCCGCCACCCACCACCAGCACAAUACCUUCUACGACGGCCCGGCCUCCGAGCUCAGCUCCCGUCGCGCCGUCCUCCGCCUCCGUUUCCACGAGGAUGCCGAUUUCCCCAAAUGCUUCGUAUGCCUAAAGGCCAAGGCCGUGCUGGCCGGAGGCGUCAGCCGCGUGGAGGAGGACGAGGAAGAGGUGGACCCCACAGCCGGGAGAGCCUGCUUCGAGAGCCCCAGGAAGCUGAUGGAUUUGGAUUCUAGGGUUCUGAGGCGGGUGAAGGAGGAAUUUGGAGUCGAGGGUUUCAUUGGGUUGGGAGGGUUUAAGAAUGUUCGGAAUGUGUAUGAGUGGCGUGGGGUGAAGUUGGAGAUGGAUGAAGUUAAGUACGAAUUUGGGGAUAUGUAUGAGGUCGAGUGCGAGAGCUCAGAGCCGGAGAGGGUCAAACAGAUGAUCGAGGAUUUCUUUAAGGCCAACGGUAUCGAGUAUUCUGAUUCAGUCAUGUCGAAGUUUGCGAUUUUCCGAGCCGGGAAGUUGCCUUCUUGA